AUGAAUUUUGAAAUAUAUAAAGCUCCUGAAUCGAAAAUUGUCGAUUCAUUCUUAAUCAGCAUAUUUGAUGGUACUGGAUCAAUGGAAGAUGAAUACGAAUAAGCAGUGAAUGCUUAUUUUGAUGUGUUUGGUUAGCUUGGUAAUAAUAAGCUUGAAUAUUAAUUCUAAAGUGAACUCUAUCCAAUAUUACCUUAUGUAGGAGUAAAUGGAAAAGGAGGAAACAUCACUAACACAUUUAGAGAUGUCUUUAGUAUACUUUUAAGUGAUUAACAUUAACUUCCAAAAAAUAUUACAAUAUUAUUUUUAAGUGAUGGAAGGGAAAGUUUUGAUCUAACAAAACUUUAAGUUUAGAUUAAUUAGAUGAAAUAAAAAUUUUUAAUCUAAUUCAUAAGUUUAGCUGUUGGUGAUUCUUUUCCAUUAGAAAUUAGUAAUACUUUAAGAAAUUAAAUUCACAAUCAUGAUCCAAGUUUCUAAUCUCUUUUUAAAGUAGAAAGAAAUUCUAGAAGGGCACCAAAUGAAAUUUAUUAAGAAUUCAAAGAUAGAUUUAAUGAAAUUAAAUUAUAAAUAAAAGUAUAAGAUAGUACAGUGAUAUUAAAUUAAAAAAUUUAAUAAACUCUUGUUUCAAAUCAAACAGAUACUGUUAUUGCUGGUAGUUGUUUUUGUGUAACAAAUAAAUAAGAAGAUGUUAUUGCAAAUGGAAUUAUCUUAAAGCCAAGUGAAACAGAUACAGAAAUUAAUACUUUUAUCAAAAGUUCUGUUUAGGAAGCUAUAAUUAAGACUGCUUUAAAUAAAGGAGCGAAUGCUUAAGAAGACUUUAAAUUAAUUUCAGAAGCUAGUUAAGUUAUCAUUUAAUAAAUAAAAGUAAAAGAAGAAACAGAAGAAUAAUCAAAUAAAAUAUUAGAGACUUUUGAAUUGAUAGAAGAGAUAGCUGAUGGAAACUUGCCUUUAAAUGGAAUGACUGAUGUUCAAUUAACAAACUUAUAAUAAGCAAUUUAUUCAAAUGCUGUUUCUAUUUAGGAUAUAGUAAUUACAAAUAUUGCUGAGGUUAAAAAUGAUAAAAAAUUAAAGCCUGAAACAAUGAAGAAGAGAAUUGCUGAAAAAUAUUAAUAAAUUGGAAAAGGUUGUUUUGUAAAAGGAAAUAAAAUUAAAAAUAAGGCCUUAAGUUUACUUGAUCAAACAGAAAUGGUAAUGAAGGAAACCUUAAAAAAUCAUUUAGCUUAUAUUUAAUAAAAUAAUUAAUCAGAUCCUAUUCAAAUUUUUUAAGAAUUCCUUGAAAUAACUCAUUCAUCAUUAAGUAAAGUUUUUUCUGAUUCUGAUUUUAAAGUUGAGUCAGAUGAAUAAAUUGUAACAUUUAAAUAAAUGAAUUCUUUAUUCUAAUUAAUAAACUAAUUGAUUAAAUAAUAAAUAACUUUUGAAAACUUUGCUUCAACUGUCAAAUAGUAUGAAAAUUAAUCAAAAUAAGUUUUAUCAACAAAUACAUCGAAUGUAUUAUUUUAAAGUAAUGAUGAUUAUUAAUACUUACCUAGAGAAUUAUAAUUACUAGUAAAAGAAGGAUUAGAAUGUGAAGAAGCAGAAAAAGCUUUUAUUCUUAUUGUUGAUACAAAUGAUUGCAUGAAAAAUGAAUCAGAAAUAGCUAUCGAAUAAUUUUAUCUAUAAUUUGAAAAAAUUUCUUAAGAUAAAAAAAUUGUAUUAACUUGGAGAAAUGGUAAGUUUUAACAACAUUUGUAAUAAUAAUAAUAAUAAUAAUAAUAAUAAUAAUAAUAAUAAUAAUAAUAAUAAUAAUAUGAAAAAUUAUUAGAAUUAUUUAAAUAACUUGACAAGGAAUACGAUUUAUAAAAUAAAAGAAAUAGAAUUUGCUUAGUUACUGAUGGGUUUACUGAUUAUUAAUAAUUACAUUAAUCCUUUAAGGUUUUGAAGUUUCAUUAUUCAUUCUAAAUUAUUUAUUUAACUGUUGGAUCGUAGUUUAAUGCUAAAAUAGGAAAUGAAUUGAAAUACAAAUAUCAAGAUAGAAAUAUUAAAGGUUGUCCUUAAUUAUUUAAUAUUCCAAGAUCUUUAUAAUAAUCAACGACAAAUACAUCUUAAAGAAUUAAGAAUGUGUUUGAUAAACACUAUGAGGAUAUUUAUAAGUAAUUUAUUAAAUGA